GUUUUUUGCCACAGUUGCUGUACUUCUGUCUGUGGAUUAAUGAUUCGACGUGGUCAAGCUAACUGUCUGUUAGCAACAGUCUGCUCUUCAGAAAUUACAGACCACAGAGUGCCGACUCAAUCAGAAAUUUAGUAUCCAAAGAAAGCCAUUAUUUUAAGAAAUAUGGUUCAAAACUGUACAAUGUAGCAUCAAAGUAUAGUAUCACAGUGUGUUGUUCCACAUGAAACAAACUCAAAUGCUCUGUCACAUGAUAAAAAGCUAUAGGGGGCGAGGUCACUUUUCUGAUGUAAUGCCUUACCAGAAAGAUGGCAGCUCUUUUCCUAAUAAAGUGCAGGAAUUUUCCAGGGUAGUGUGAGUAAGCAGACAGAGGAUGUUGCCUGCUGUGCCAACCCAAACACAUGUACCACACAUUGAUGCAAAACAUACACACCCACAUCUGCAUCAGAGCCGUUUCUCAUUUUUGAUCAGGCCCUCAUGUGGGCAGCUAUAUUUUGCAAUUGCAGUGAAAGCACCUUUGAUCCUUUUUGAGGAAGUCAGCCAAGUUAACAGCAAAGGCUUCAGGACAGCAGAGUGGAGACUUUGUUCUCCAUAAAACUAGUAUGUUUUUACGGUUAAAACUUUAUCAGUUCUCCGGCUGCUAAUGGCUUUUCUUCACUUUCCUGUGAGGUCGUGUGUAACAGGAAGAAAACUCCCCACUGACUCAGGACACAGCAGGACUGUGCGACGCAGCGGUGAAACCAGAGCAGCUGUAGCACCCAACAACAGGGAGGCCGAGACGGGAUUUGUUCCGAGUGUUCAAGACUUUGACAAGAAACUCGCUGAAGCAGACGCCUACCUGCAGAUUCUGAUUGACCAAUUAAAGCUGUUUGAUGAGAAGAUCAAGGACUGCAAAGAGGAUGAAUCACGCAGAAAAAUUGAAAAUUUGAAGGAGACUACUUGUAGCAUGGUAGAGUCCAUCAAGCACUGUAUUGUACUGCUGCAGAUCGCCAAGGACCAAAGUAACGAACAGCAACACGCAAACGGACUUAUAAGCACCAUAAACCCAGUGGAUGGGAUCUACCAACCCCCUCUGGACACUCCUGUAGUCAACACCACGAUGCCAACACAGACAACACUACCCACAGACGCUUCUCAGGUGUGUAAAUCAGACCAACGCCCCUCCACGUUACCUGUUGGUCCCGUCGUCACCGUGAUGGGCAGUCUGCAGACCCCAACUCCCAACAGCACAGGGAGUGGCCCGUCAGGCCCCAGCAGCGGCGUCGCCUCCCCGGCUCACAUGCCCCUCCCCUCGCACUCGGUGCCAGACUUCUCCUACUCCUCCAGCGAGGACGAGUUCUACGAUGCUGACGAGUUCUACCAGAGCACCACAUCCCCCAAACACUGCAUAGAUCCCUCAGGGCCUCAGGCUGCCUUGCCCCUCACUAAUGAAGCAACAGCACUGAAACGACCAGACACCACAGAGUCCCUCAACUCGACCAUGUCCAAUGGCACCACAGAUGCAGAUCAGUUUGACAGCCAUGAUGACCGCGAUGAUGAAGGCGAGGGCGAGUCUGUGGAGGAGCACAAGAGCGUCAUCAUGCAUCUUCUCUCUCAAGUUCGUUUGGGCAUGGACCUCACCAAGGUGGUGCUGCCUACCUUCAUCCUCGAGAGGAGAUCUUUGUUAGAAAUGUACGCAGACUUCUUUGCACAUCCCGACUUAUUUGUAAGCAUCGCAGAACAGCAGGAGGCUCAGGGGCGCAUGGUCCAUGUGGUAAAGUGGUACCUGUCAGCUUUCCAUGCAGGGAGGAAAGGUUCAGUGGCCAAGAAACCUUACAACCCAAUCCUGGGAGAAGUCUUCUACUGCCACUGGGAUCUGCCCAGCGAAACAGAGGAGCCUUCCCCACCCACGGAGACGAUAUCAGAAGGUCCCGUACCGUGGUCUUCGUCCAACAGUGUGUGUUUUGUGGCAGAGCAGGUCUCUCACCACCCACCCAUUUCUGCAUUCUACGCAGAAUGUUUAAAUCAGAAGAUCCAGUUCAACGCUCACAUCUGGACAAAGUCUAAGUUCUUAGGCAUGUCCAUAGGUGUCCACAAUAUUGGCCAAGGGUGUGUGUCGUGUUUGGAGCAUGACGAACAUUACAUCCUCACCUUCCCUAACGGAUACGGCAGGUCGAUUCUGACGGUGCCGUGGGUGGAGCUGGGCGGGGAGUGCAACAUCUCCUGCUCCAAGUCGGGCUACAGUGCCAACAUCGUGUUCCACACCAAACCCUUCUACGGAGGAAAGAAGCACAGGAUCACUGCUGAGAUUUUUGCACCGAAUGAUAAGAAGUCUUUCUGCUCCAUUGAAGGCGAAUGGAACGGAGUGAUGUAUGCCAAGUGGGCAACCGGAGAGAACACAGUGUUCAUAGACACUAAGAGGUUAGGCAUCAUUAAGAAGAAAGUGAGAAAGCUGGAAGACCAGCUCGACUACGAGUCCCGAAGAUUGUGGAGAGACGUGACGUUGAACCUGAAGCUGAAAGACAUCGAUGCAGCGACAGAAGCCAAACACCGGCUGGAGGAGAAGCAGAGAGCUGAAGCCAGAGAGAGGAAGGAGAACGAGCAGCAGUGGGAGACCAGGCUAUUCCACGAGGACGGGGAGUGCUGGGUCUACGAUGAGCCUCUAUUAAAGAGAUUAGUCUCUCAAAGGCAGUGAGCAGACGACGCACACUCUGACACACACACACCAUACAUAUGCAUAAAGAACUGCACACACGACAGAGUCUUCAUAAGAACUCUUUUGCAAAACCACUUGUUUUCCAAGCCUUGGAAUGACUGAUGAUUGAAUAUGUACACAGCUUUGCAUUUGACUGUAAAACAACAAUAUGGAAAUGAAUGAAAACAAACGGGAAAAGCAUCUAAGAUGUAACAUGAAAACUAGUAAAGCUCCUCUCCUUAUUUGGGCAAUGUCACUUCCACCGAUACCCACCACCAACACCACCACCACCACCCGCCAACACAAGACUCGGAGUGGAGACGGAGGAAGUCUCGCAACUGUCCGUCAGCUUCACGACCUCACCUUCAUCAGCUCCACAGGACGAGCCAGAGCAGCACUCGUUUCCCCACACACGGGGGUUUUUUUGGGUGGGGGGGGGCAAAAGGGGGUUGAUGAAUCGAAUACAAACCUUGACGAAUAAAACGGCGCUCUACAUCUCAGGGAAUCUGGUGACUGAGGAAAGAAAGCUGCUGCCCCCUCCAAGAGUCUGACAGCCUUAUAACGGUGGAAGGGAUGAAUCUUAAAGGGGCGGGGGAGAAGUCCUCCGCUUGCCUGCAACUAGUUGUAACUGUUGUUUAUAUAUAGAUAUACAUAUGAUGGAUAUAUAUAAAUAUAUAUUCUUUUUUUUUAUUUUCAAUGCUCUUUUUGUUUAUUUUUCUUUCUGGCAAUAGUGUAAAAUAUUUGAGAACUUGAUGGCUUUACAUCUUUAGGAAUCAUUCCAUUUUCUUCCCAUGUCGCCGCCUGUUUGGUCCUCCACACUGUUCUGUGUCUCGAGUGUUAUCAAGAAUCAAAGCCCCGCAUAAGCCAUAGCAUCUGAACUCGCUGAUUGGGAGAGUUGUGAUAGAUAUAUGCAAUAUAGAGAUCAUUGACACGCCUGUCAAAGGACAGAUGUAGGUGUCCAUUAUGCCAAAAAAAGUUUAGAUAAAAGGCUAAAGGGACUUCAAUCUGGACAGAGAACAAACAAUCCGAUGAAAAUGUUUCCAUGUUACCUGAAGGCAUUUAAAGAACAAAUGAUUGUUUACAUAUUUUUGUCUUUCUGGAUCGCUGGUUCACGACAAGCGCGCAAGGCCAGGACCGAGUCUUCCUUUUUGUCCCACACAUCACCCUGUCCCCCGUUCCCUCUCUGAAGGAAGAACCAGAGUAGACGUUUGAAACACUGAUGCUGUUUCAUUAUGCUGCUACGAGUCCAGACUGUGUUCUACCCGUUCAGUUUUCUUGUUUUUUUGUCCAAUGAUAACCACAUAGAGGGCAAUAUUUAUCCUACUGUACACCUCUGCUUUCUUUCUUAAACCACCAUUCAUUCUCUUAUUUACAGCUACAUAGGUUGGAUCUAAAUGCAAUGAUAUUUGGAUGAAAUAAAAAAAACAAUUCUCACCUGAAAAUGCACAAGAAUAUCUCUUAAUGCAGUAGCUAGCUUACAACAGAGUCCCUUGUUUGAUUGUCGUCUGUUCUAGAUGUUUGGCCUGUUGGAAUCGGGUUAAUUUAAAUGAACCUUCAAAGUCUUAAAAUUAAUCAAUUUGGUGAAGGAAUCUAUAAAGGAAAACAUAUCCCUGGUGCUGUAUGCAGGUUAAGUGGAAAACUUGGUAAAAUCUUGAAUUCAAAUUGUUUAAAUUUCCUCUAGCGCAUAUACAAAUGUCUUUAGAAACAAGCCAAAUGAAAUUCAGUGUCCAAGCUAAAUUCUGUUAGUUUUCACUUUUUGUUUUUUUCCUCCAUGUUAUGUCUUUGUAAAUUAUAUUGAAUCGAGGCCUUGCCAUACAUUUCAGUAUCACUCGCCUGAUAGAGAGCAAUCAAAAUGUAUUUUUUAUUUCAUUUUGAUCAUAAUAACCAUUGAUUGUAUCAGAUUUUCCUGUUUAUUGAUGCAUAAUAUUAAAUCUCCAUGAGUUUA